AUGAGACACAUGAUCCUGGCCGCGCUCUGUAUCUGGAGCUGUAUACUGACCGUGACUCCGCUGCUUACUGAGGAACAAGUGGGAAGAGCGAACAACUUAAUCAACCAGAGGUUCACUUCGCGCUUUACCUAUCAGUACGCCUACUUUGUCAAGUUCACUAAGGAUGAAUGCAACCGAGGGUUAACAUAUGAGGUCUUACAGGAAGCUCUGAAAGGAGAGGACGCUGUCAAAAUCUAUGACAAAGUGAGCAACUACGGAAUCUAUGAAGGACAAAGAAUGGUCGUCUCUUCCUACCUGGAGCAAGAAAAAUUUGUCAUCCAUGCUGAAUAUCGCUUGUUGGAUCCCAACUUCAAUUCCCCGAUCACCCGUCUGCUGUCCCAUCAACCCACUGCCGGCUGUGCCAUAUUUUUUUCUUGGGACUCUCCAUGUGUAUCAAAAUGUUUACUACAUAAGGGGAAUUAUAAUAUUAUAGAUAAACUUCGAACCGUUAAUGCUCUUCCCGUUGACAGGGUAUUUGCUUUUGGGAAAGUGUUUUGGCAAGAUAAAGAGAGGCCAAAGGAGGAGGUCUGGGCUUCUUGGAGAUCCUUAGAUCAAUACAUUGGUUUAAUGCGCUGUGAUGCAAAUAACUGCAUUCACUGCUUUAUCAAUGGUGUUCAGGAAGACCGGUGUUAUAAUGAUAAAUCAUAUGAAAGAUUAUUAAUGGGCUAG